GGAUUCAAACCUUCUUCAAUUUGCUUUGGACUUACGACACUACGCAUUGAUCAGACUCAUACUUUCACAAGGAUUUCUGACUUCAAAACCAAUACUGAAAGACUAUCUUUUACAAUCCAUCAAAAAGGAUGAUAUGACCAUGUUUGAUUUCCUGCUACCUUUCCAAGAACCCUGAAGGGUAUUGAACGAAACACUAUAUCUAGCAUCUACACUUGGCAAUUUAAAGCUUGCAAAGCAACUUUUGCACCUUAAAGCCGACGCAAACGAUAUAUUUGCCAACAGGAAUCUCGGGGUAGGACUGAAAUGGACGGCUGGAUUGGCAGUGACAGCACUUCAGGUAGCUUCUUUUAACGACUGCCCACACCUUGUCGACAUGCUGCUUAAAUCCGGAGCAGAUGUGAACAUAGGAGGCAGGGAAAAUGGGUAUACAGCACUUCAAGGGGCUGCCUAUAACGGCGCUUCAUCCGUUGUUGAAACCCUACUCAAAUACGGAGCCGAUGUUAAUGCUCCCGCAUCUCCCAUAUCUGGGCUUACUGCACUCCAAGCAGCCUCCUUGAACGGGUGCUUUGAGGUUGUCAAGAGGUUACUUAAGUUCGGAAGCGAUGUCAACGCCAAGUCUUCUGACAAAGGUUAUACUGCAUUACAAGCAGCAGUUCUCAACGGCCAUUCGAGGAUCAUUCAGAUACUCCUCGAUCAUAGGGCUAAUCCUAGAUACCCCUCUGCACUCCAUAUAGCUGCCAAAACUGGCCGCGCAGAUAAUGUUGAGAGGCUACUUCGUGCUGGUGCAGGUGUCAAUGUUUCUGAUAUUGAAGGAAAAGAUGGCACUGCACUCCAAGUUGCAGCAUUAGAAGGCCAUCUCAACAUCGUUGAGCAGCCACUCAGAGCUGGUGCAGAUGUCAACGCUGCUGCUGGACAGAGAAGCAGCACUGCUCUUCAAGCUGCAGCAUCGGAAGGUCAUCUUCCUAUUGUCGAGCGGCUACUGAUAGCCGGUGCAGAUGUAAACGCAUGCGCUGGUAGACAUGGCGGUUGUACUGCACUUCAAGCAGCAGCAGCAGAGCAUUUGAAUGUUGUCGAGAAGCUACUCAAAGCCGGCGCAGAUGUCAAUGCUCCUGCUGCUAUGCACGGUGGUGUUACUGCACUGCAGGCAGCUGCCAGUGGUGGGAAUGCAGAUAUUGUAGCCAGGCUACUUGAAGUCGGCGCCGAUGUCAAUUCUAUUGCUGCUCUCAACUCGGGUUAUACUGCCCUCCAGGCAGCUGCCUUGUGUGGGCAUGCUGAGAUCGUGGAAAUACUGUUGAAAGCCGGCGCGCGUGUGAACGUACCCGCUAUUGGUGAAUUUGGUGUUACUGCACUCCAAGCAGCUGCUAGAUGUGGUCAUUUACAGAUUGUCGAAAUGCUUCUCAGUGCCAAUGCGGAUGUUAAUGCUGCGGCAGCAGCCAGAUACCGCGGUUGCACGGCACUGCAAGUCGCCGCUGAGAAUGGACAUAUACAGGUAGUUAAAAGACUCAUUGCGGUGGGGGCAAAUGUGAACCAGAUGAUAGGCGAGGAGUCUACAGCACUUGGUUGUGCCUUGAAGAGUAAACGACUUGAAAUUGCUAAUAUACUCAGGGACGCAGGUGGAAACUGGCACCACGAGGAAGGAUGGAAUUGAGUAUUAAAGAAAAUACUGGGGGUGUAUAUCUGUUAAUAGGUCUUCAAAACUUUCAGUAUCAUAUAUGAAAACCCCUUGACAAGGUUCAAGCAAGGGCGCCAUUUCCAUUUGCCCUCAAGCAAGCUUUUUCAAGGCCUAUACGCCUCUGGGCACACGCCCCAACUCAACAUAUCUCCCUUUUAAUUCCACAUUGACAGGUCAGGAAUACUUAUCUGUUCGCUGUCAUAUGCGGGAAUCUUCGUAUGUUAGUCUGAGCUCAAGCAGGUAGUCAGCCCGCAGCGGCCGGAACCUGGGACGGGGCGGUCCUGG